AUGGCCGCGGCUACACUUGACUCAGAGGCAGCCUUUUUGGAGCGGGCCGCCCAGAUCGGUGUUGAGACUGCACUGCUCGAUGCGCUUAAGGCGCAGGGCCUUGCAACCUUUGGGCGCCUUGCUUUCUCAACUCAGUACAAUCCACAGCUGGCAGAUGAGGCCCCUUUUCGGGCAGAUCAGGAGAAGCGCCUUGGUGGUGUGAUUUUCACACCAGACACUAUACCUGCGAAUAGUCUGGUGGACUCCUUUGUGGAGAUGUAUGCCAACACGGAGAUCAAGCUCAAAUCGGCCUGGCAGAGACGCAGCCUUGCAAUGGACCUAGCGAAUUUGGCUUCCUUUCAAGUGAUUGAGAGCUGGGUUCAGUACCUGUUUUUGCAGCUGGUGAAGGAUCAGCCCAGAGGAUUCAGCAAGGUUACCUUGCAGCAACUUAUUGAAUGUGACAAGCAGAUGUUCAUCAUGGCCUCACACAAGACUAUGGGCAAAUUGCAGACAACACCACCGGCCCCUCGGCCACUGGAUGAGGCCAUUCGCGAACUUCAACGAGCGCCAGAUGUUUGGCAGUAUUUGGCGCCCAUUCCGGCGGCUAGGGCCGCCCCUCAGUCA